AUGGGCUCAGUGUCCGAAUUGACAAAGAAGUCUCGGCGCAGCGCGCCGAAAGUCAAGACUGGUUGUCUUACGUGCAAGAUUCGCCGGGUAAAAUGCGACGAGCAAAGGCCUGAUUGCCUGCGAUGCACCAGCACCGGCCGUCACUGCGACGGAUAUCCGUCCGACAACUCAGCAUUGGUGCAGAAGUGGAUUUGGAGGCCAGCCUCGAUCAACUCAUAUUGCAUCCCAUUCAAAGUUCCUGGUAGCCAGGCAGAUAGGCAGCUGCUACACUAUUACUGCUGCCAAGCUGCCGAGAGCUUAUCAAGUUAUACCGAUCCGACCUUGUGGACUACUUUAAUCCUGCAACGAAGCCAUCACGAGCCCGUCAUUCGUAGCGCAUUGGUGACCUUCAGUUCUCUUUACCAGAAUCACCUAUCUGGGGAAUUAUCUGGCUACAAUAAUGACAAACUUCCACCUUUGAAGACCUUACAGCGCAUCGCCAAGUGCCAUCGACAGCUGACGACCUAUCUUUCCUCCCCGGGUGCUUUGCCAGAAGUCGCGCUUACUUGUAGUGUUCUGUUUUAUGCCUUUGAGGCUCUCAUUGGAAAUACCAAGCAAGCGAUCAAGCAUCUCGACCUUAGCCUGACGCUCUUACAGCGAUGUCAAAACGACUCGUCAUCGUUGUCCAAACCCGAUGAUAUUAUUCCCCAUCUGGCAGCUUUACUCUCAUGUCUAGAUGUUCAGGCCAGUGUCUACGAUCAACAACGGGGACUUCCUAGACUCGCCUUGACAUCCCCAAGCGAAACAUGUGGCACGCAGAAUGUUGUUCCUGAGACUUUUAUCGAUGUUUCUCAGAGCGAGGCUGUGCUUCUCAAGCUUCAAAAUUGGAUAGCCAGACACCUUGCAAUUAAUGCCAAAGUCAAGCAUAACCCGUUAUCGGAAAUACCUCCACAGGUACUACACGAGAGAGGGGUCCUAGAGGGGCAGUUUCAACGGUACCUGACCGCGGUAGAUAAGCUAUACGAAGGCAGCGAAGAAAGAGUUGCUAAGCGUAUAUUGUUGCUGCGUAUACAAGCACAAAUGUACUACGCUGUAAUCCUCCAACGUUUCCCCUGGCCUUGUGGGCUGUUGUCCAGCAUCAGCCGUCCUGUAUCGCCUUUAAAAACCUCUCGGUCCCAACCAGCUCCCGACGACUGGAUUGACGCUGCCCUCUCAGAGAUGUCGAUUCUUCUUAAUACGUCGCCACAAUAUACUGCCACCAGAAGUCGGCCAUUUACAUUAUCGACACAGCUUGUUGGAGGUCUACUAUACGCCUGUCUCAGGACGACUCGCCAGGACACAUUGAAGACUGCGCUGUUCCUCCUGCAACACCCCAACCUACCAGGCCGAGACGGGUUGUGGGAUGCUAAAGCGACUGAAUCUGCCGUUCGUAGCCUAUUGGCGAAGUUCAGCGCAGAGCAUGAUGCUGGCGAUAGACUUUGUCCAUUUUAG